CAUGUGAAAGAGCCGGGAAAAAAGGGAUUCAUUUGUUUUGUUUUUUUGGUAAGGCAAGGGAUUCAUUUGUUGUGUGUGUCUUUCUAUCUCUCCUCUAUAUAUCAACCUUCAUCACUGAGAUAUGCUUCACUUGUAACGUUUCCACAACUCUAGCCAAAAAGAGCAAUCCUUUGUGCUCUCUCAUGGUGAUGAUUAUGUGAUGUUAUGAGACAGACACAGCUUACUACCUUCUUAUUCUUCUUUCUUGAUCUGUUACAAGAUUAGAGUACUUUUGUUUUUUUUGGAAAAAUGGGUAGAUCACCGUGUUGUGACAAAUUGGGUUUGAAGAAAGGACCUUGGACUCCAGAAGAGGAUCAGAAACUGUUGGCUUAUAUUGAAGAACAUGGUCAUGGAAGCUGGCGUUCAUUGCCUGAGAAAGCUGGUCUCCAUCGAUGUGGAAAAAGUUGCAGACUGAGAUGGACUAACUACCUAAGACCUGACAUCAAAAGAGGCAAAUUCAACUUGCAAGAAGAACAAACCAUUGUCCAACUCCAUGCUCUGUUAGGAAACAGAUGGUCUGCGAUUGCUACUCAUCUGCCAAAGAGAACAGACAACGAGAUCAAGAACUAUUGGAACACUCAUUUGAAGAAACGGUUAGUUAAAAUGGGGAUUGAUCCAGUGACCCAUAAACCCAAAAACGAGACUCCUUUAUCUUCUCUUGGUCUAUCCAAGAACGCAGCAAUACUUAGCCACACGGCUCAAUGGGAAAGUGCAAGGCUUGAAGCUGAAGCAAGGCUAGCUAGAGAAUCAAAGCUUCUUCAUUUACAACAUUACCAAACCAAAGCAUCAUCUCAUCAUCAUCACCAUCAUCAUGGAUUCACUCACAAGUCACUGUUAACCAAUUGGACAACAAAAACAAACGAAGGUAAAACCAAAAUAAAACACACACUAAAUCUCUUCAAACUUGAACUUUGUUUGAUUUUUCUGUAA